AUGCCUUUACCUUGCGCCUUUGAUCUUGCCCACGGUGUCGCCAUCGUUCAUUUGUCGUCCAACCAACCUUUUGAGCUUUUCUCAAACACAGAGACGCUGUCACCGCAGCCCGAGGAGCCUCGUUCCAGAGGGGAAGAAGCAGUGGCACACAUUUUUGGCUACCUUGCAGAGGCUUCCGGAACGCCCCGGGAUCCUUUCCUCCGUGUGUACCGUAGUCGAACAGAUCCACCCAAACCUUCCCGGAGGUCUUGGCUUGUCCCAUAUCGUCUCCUAUUCGAUAGAGAUAUCUUAGCUUCAAGGGAGAAGCAUCCGUACGAAAAUUUGGAUUUAUUAUUUGGAUGUGACUAG